AUGCCCGAGUCAACAGCCCUCACGUUUACCAUCCUGCCUGAUGAGGUCAGACAAUCUUCCGCCAUCGGUGCAGAAGUCCAACUGCCCCCCGGCAUGCCCAUGCUGGACCUUGAUCGCCUGACCGAAAAGGACAGAGAAGUUCUCCAGGAAGCGCUCUUCAGAAACCAAGUCAUCGUCAUCAGAGGCCAGAAAGGCAUUGACCCUACAGCCCUACCGAAACUCGCCAAAGUCUUCGAUCCAAACGCCUCUGAUAUUCACUCCGCCGGAGAGAAAGCUGUCAGGGACCCAAAGAAUAUCCUGUCAGCAUACAAGGCUGGCAGAAUUCCAAGGGCUCCCCAAGUUGGAAUUAUUGGAUCGGGCAGGUUCCAAAAUUAUGAAGGUCUUGAUGAGUUAGAAGUGGAUCACACCCUAUUCCACGAAAAGCCACUCACACAAGAAGAACUAGAUGAUGGAUAUACUCGUCCAUACAGGUGGCACAUGGAUACCCCGUUCUACGAGCGACUUCCAGGUGAAGUUACCAUCUUGCAUUCAAUUCGGAUUCCCAAUGUCCCAGAUCAGAAGAUCAAGUUCCCGGACGGAAAAGAGAAGAAUAUUGGUGCUGGAGCAACAGCAUUUUUCUCAGGAGCUCGUGCAUUUGCCCUUUUGACACCGGAAGAGCAGGAAUUCGCGCUCAAUACCACAAUCACUUAUGCUCCCCAGGCCUAUGAGUACAUUCGCCAAUGCAAAGCCUCUGAUGAUGGCCUUACUAUUCCUACCAUGGGGAAAGAAGUACCCGUAGAGAAAUUAUCGGAGUGGGCUUGGGAUAAAGUUGCAGAGCACCCAAUGGUCUGGCGGAGCCCAAUGAAUCCCGAUCGACCUUUCCUCCAGGUUCACGGUUGCUGCGUGUACAAGCUCACCACGAGAAACCCCACAACGGGGGACGUCACGGUUAUGGAUGAUGUGGAGAAAGUCAGAAAGGUGGUAUACAACAUGCAGAAGAAGAUUUAUGCCGCUGAGAAUAUCUAUGCUCACAGAUGGCAAGAAGGGGAUGUGGUCAUCUUCCACAACCGCGGUGUCAUGCAUAGUAUCACUGGUCAAUUGGCGAAGUACAAGGAAGAGGAGGAUAGGAAACGGAUGCUGUGGCAGUGUACGAUGACGAGUACUACUCCUCCUAUGUCGUUCCGUGGAUAUGAGGGCGUGGAUGAUACUGGAUAUGUGAGGGUAUGA